AAAGAAAGGUCCUGCAUGUUGAAAGGGAUUGAUUGCAGCUAGUCGGACUGCUAAAAGUCCCAGCCGUCUGAUGGACAAAAAAUAAGAGAAAAAAUCCACCUGCUAGCAUUUCCACCUUUAAGCAUUGCUUCUUUUCUUAACAAAAGUUUUUGAUCACCACCAGCUGAAUGUCCAUAUCACCCAGUCGAGAGCGUGGAAGAUCGCGAAGACGUAGCUGCUCGCGGCGUCCCUCUUCCAUUUCAAUACAAGAGACGGUUAAACCGGCGCCGACUCGAUUCCGAGCUCUUCGAAUGGACGAAGCGCAAAUUGCAACGAUAAAGAAUCGCAAAGUUCGCGAGUUUUAUGAACAUCAAAAUGAAAUGGUCGAUCGAUUUUUGGAAGUUGAUCAUAUCAUCGAAUCCUUGGAACGAGGAGAAAAUCCUCUUGAAAAUAUUACAAACGAGGUUGAAGAUGAAGAAAGCGGUAUAGCAAAUGGGUCUAGCGAGCCAUUACUGGCGAAACCAAACUUAAGGAAGUCUCACUCCUCGACUAUCGUUCACCUGGCGAUCAAUUUGUCCAUGUUGGCCAAUGUCGUACUUUUUGUGACCAAGGUCGUAACUGCCUACGUAUCUAAUUCUAUAUCUAUUUUGGCAUCCGCUUUCGAGACACUUCUAGACCUGCUAUCAAAUGCCAUCAUUUGGUACACAAUCAGAGUUAUUAAGCAUGAGGAUUAUUACGGAUACCCUAUUGGAAAGUCGCGUAUGGAACCCUUGGGAAUCGUUAUAUUUGCUGUUAUUACUACUACAUCUUUUACCCAAGUGCUAAUCACUUCCGCUGAGCGACUAAUGGACCCGGAUAAUUCUUCUGAGGUUAUCGAUUUAAGCUUUGCCUCUAUUGCAGUAUUGGUAGCGAAUAUUAUCAUCAAGGCAAUCUUAUGGCUCUGGUGUAGAUCGAUUAAAGGAAGUUCCAGUGUUCAAGCACUCGCUCAAGACCACGAAAACGAUGUCGUAUUUAAUAUUGCAGCGACUAUUUGUCCGCUAGUCGGUAUAUGGACUAAACUUGGUUGGAUUGAUCCUGUAGGCGGUAUACUUUUGUCCAUAUACAUCAUUUACGAAUGGAUGGCGGUUUUAUUGGACAACAUCCGACGACUGAGUGGACGUGCAGCCACGAUUGAUGAUAUCAAGCAAUUGACGUACAUGGCAUAUCGGUUCUCUUCUCAGAUUGAAGCUAUAGAAACAGUUAGGGCAUACUAUGUUGGAGACAAGCUUUUUGUCGAGGUUGAUAUUGUCAUGCCACCUGAUAUGCUAGUCCAUAUUGCCCACGAUAUAGCCGAAGCGCUUCAGAAUGCACUGGAGCUCAUGGAGAAUGUAGAAAGAGCGUUUGUUCAUAUAGAUUAUAACACAACUCAUACGCAUGAGCAUACCCAGGCAUUUUGACAUUAAGCACUGGGAUUUUCGAUAGACAAAAUAAAAAAAUUUCAUUGGAGGAACACAAUUUUUUCCCUUCGCUCGCCCGGUUCACUUCUCUUCCG